AUGCGCUUCGGUGUCCGUCUUGGAUUCAUCCUCGUUUUCGCACUUCUCUCCGUUCUCCUCAUCGGCUUGCUCGCGCACGAAUCUGCAAAAAAAAGCUAUUCGAAAAACCCGGGCAUUUCGAGAAACGACGAAGAGAAUGAGGGGAAUAUUGAUGACGACCAAGCCGCUCAACUCUUGCUCGCCUCGGAUCCACAAAAUGGGGAAAUCCAACGAGCCAAGCUCACCGUUUCGGUAGCGAUCGUGAUGGUGGUUUCUCUGCUCGCCGUCGCUCUCCUCAUAACGGGUAUAAUUGUCGUUGCGGUGACGAUCGAUCCACGCGUGCCAUCAAACGAGAACAGCGAUGUCGAAGAGGAAGAGGAGGAGGACGGUUACGGAGAACAAAGUCACUUGACUCUUCCCCAAAUCCCACCGGCUUUCUUCUCAACUUCCGAAUUCGACAACCUUUUCUUGCCAGACAAUUCGACAAUCCAU